GCCAGCACCCAGACACCCACUGCUGCCUCCCUCCCAUCUGCCCCAGCUCAACCCCAGCAUGGCCGCGUCCACCAUGUCCGUCUGCUCCAGCAACCUGAGCUACGGCAGCCGCGUCUGCCUGCCCGGCUCCUGUGACUCUUGCUCUGAAUCCUGGCAGGUGGACGACUGCCCAGAGAGCUGCUGUGAGCCCCCCUGCUGCGCCCCCAGCUGCUGCACCCCGGCCCCCUGCCUGACCCUGGUCUGCACCCCAGUGAGCUGUGUGUCCAGCCCCUGCUGCCAGGCAGCCUGUGAGCCCAGCCCCUGCCAAUCAGGCUGCACCAGCUCCUGCACGCCCUCGUGCUGCCAGCAGUCGAGCUGCCAGCCGGCUUGCUGCACCUCCUCCCCCUGCCAGCAGGCCUGCUGCGUGCCCGUCUGCUGCAAGUCUGUCUGCUGUGUGCCCGUCUGCCGUGUGCCCACCUGCUCUGAGGAUUCUACAUGCUGCCAGCAGUCUAGCUGCCAGCCUGCUUGCUGCACCUCCUCCCCCUGCCAGCAGGCCUGCUGCGUGCCCGUCUGCUGCAAGUCUGUCUGCUGUGUGCCCGUCUGCCGUGUGCCCACCUGCUCUGAGGAUUCUACGUGCUGCCAGCAGUCUAGCUGCCAGCCAGCUUGUUGUACCUCCUCCGCCUGCCAGCAGGCCUGCUGUGUGCCCAUCUGCUGCAAGCCCGUCUGCUCUGUGCCAGUCUGCUAUGGGGCUUCCUCUCUGUGCUGCCAGCAGUCUAGCUGCCAGCCAGCUUGCUGCACCACCUCCUGCUGCAGACCCUCCUCCUCUGUGUCCCUGCUCUGCCGCCCCGUGUGCAGGCCUGCCUGCUGCGUGCCCGUCCCCUCCGGCUGUGCCCCCGCCUCCUGCCAGCCCAGCUACUGCCGCCCAGCCUCCUGCGUGUCCCUCCUCUGCCGCCCCGCAUGCUCCCGCCCAGCCUGCUGAGGCCUCUGCUCAGCCCAGAAGCCCAGCUGCUGCCGGGCAUGUCCCUCGGCUCACUGGGCACCGAGUCCCUCACCUCUCCCACUACUGGCCCCUGGGCUGCCCUGGUGUCUGUCUCUUCCUUGGAGAUGUGUGCACAGCCUCUCCUCCCCUAAGCCCUGGGGGCUCCCGCUAAACUCCAGGUGGCCCCGCCUCCACCCACUGCCCCCCCCUGCUCUUCCUGAACCAGGUCCCACAUUCCAGGCCCUGUGAUCUCGCCUACUUGGAAGCUGCUGCGCCUCUUUGGCCAUGCGAGGACCCUGCUUGGAGACCCUAAUAAACACCCUCCACGUAGCCCGGCCGCGCUUCACUCUCUCCUUUGGGCCUUUUCUGGCUGAACUGCUGGCCAGCCAGACUGGAGGCCAGGACUCAGGCGCAGCCUCCUGGGGCCCUCGCACCCAGCCCUACUCCAGGCCAGACACACACUAGCCUGGCACUGGUGCCAUCCCUACAGGAAUGCGCCGGUCCCAGGGAGGGUCAACAGCAUGGCAGUCCCCACCCCAGCCCAGCAGGCAAGUCCUGGUGGGCGAGUGUUGGGGUGGCAGCAGGGGCAGUCACAGGCACAGCCCCCGCACCUACCCCACCUUUCCCUGAGGGGCUGCCCUCCCUGCCGAGUGGGGGCUGGCUGGAUACAGAGUCCAGGCCCCAGACAGAGAUGA